AUGGAUUACAUAAAAAGAAUAGAAUUAUUAGCAAAGAAUAUGGAAGAUGGUAAGACGCGAACUUUCCUAUGGUGUGUUCCUCGCUCGACCGCCUGUGCAUUCACCAGAUCCCUCAGCGCCAUCGACGGAAUCGAGGUCUGGUACGAACCCUUCCUUUUCAGCUUCGCCGCCAAGCUCGAUUCGAAGAGACGCUUGGGAAUUGAUCUUCCGACAUCGUACGAUGGAAACGAAGAUACAUUCCAGAAAGUGGCCGACAUGCUGAAAAGUGUGUCGCAUUUUAAUUUCAAAGCAGAUCAGCUGCCAUAUGCGUCCGUGAAGACCAACCUAUCUUCUAGCACUAGUAAGCAUGUAUUUGUGAAAGACAUGGGAUUCGCCGUCAACAAAGAUGUCUUCCCUUUCAUUCCUCCGGGAUUCAAACACACUUUCUUCAUUCGCCACCCGCUUCGCGUCCUUCACUCCAACCGAAAGGCGAUGUUCGAGCAACUCUCCAUGAUCGGAGCCCUAGAAGGCGACGCAGCCGACGAAAACAAAUUCGAUCUUCAGCGCGACGACCCCUACGUAGGUCCAGGACUGCUCUUCAAGGACCUGUACGACCUCUGGCAGCAUUGCCGACAGAAUUACGAAGAUGACCCGGUCGUGAUCGAUGCUGACGAUCUGUUGACGAAACCGGCCGAAGUUCUGUCGAAGUACUGCCAAGCGGUAGGAUUGCCUUACGACAAGUCGCUUCUGACGUUCGGCUGUUCGGCUGACCCCGACGUCUUUAAAAUCUGGAAGUCACCCAUUGGAGUUGAAGAACUCCGAAUGACAGUAUCGUCCUUUUCGAGUAAGGCGGUGGAAAGCAGAGCGUUUUUACCGGCCAACGAGAUGCCAUCACGUGCCCUGCUUACUCCCGAUGUUAUUAGAUGUACCGAUGAGAUAAUGGAGUAUUACGACGAGAUGUACAAGAGUAGGAUUAAAGUUUGAGGUUACCAUGGUUACUUUAAUGAAUCAAAAAGCAGAAAAUUAGGCUGUGAUUUUUAUAUUUGUCUGGUUAUGUUUAUUUCCUUCGUUGGGCAUGAUUGGGUGUUGAGCGAUGUUGUCUGCUGGAUAGCAAUUAUGUUUUUGUCCAGUUUAAUGUUACCGACCCCUUUUCGUGUAGGUCAUACUUCUAGCAGUUAUGUUGUUGUCAAGUUUAAUGUUACCGACCCCUUUUCGUGAAGGUCCUACUUCUAAAUCCCUCACCCCAUCCCGAAUCUCCACAUCUCUUUCAAUGACUUAAAGUAGAUUUUUUUCUUCACAUUUGCUAUUGCUCAACUCUAUUUCUCUUAACACAUUUAAAGGGGAAGUCGAAUACCCCCGGAAAACAGUUGAGUUUUGAUU